AUAGUGGGCUAUCUAUAAAAUAUGCGGUGUCCUAACAUGUGAGAACGCGGUAACACUGCUAGUCCAGGCGAACCCAGAGUCGGGAUGACGUAGGAAAAUGAGAACGCGGUAACAGUAGAAUCCAUUGGCGUUCGUCAACUGUCUGCAUAUUCCGACUCGGAGUAGGAAAUUAUAUUUACAGCUACUACUAUAAAUGCUUUCUUCUCCAGCUUCUUUCCCCUAAUUAACCCUCUAUCCUCCCUGUUCUUUCUGCAUUCUGCUUCUCCCUCUCUCUCUCUCUCUCUCUCUCUCUCUCUCUCUAUUUUCUGUCGUCAAAUUAUCCCUAUUUUUUCUGUUUUCUCCAUAUCAUCUACUCCACAUUUAUUGGAUUCUGUUUUUUCAUAUCCGUUCUCCUUUUUCUAAGGUGGUGCAUCAUGUCAGAUUAUAAGCCAAAGAACAUUCUCAUCACUGGUGCGGGUGGAUUUAUCGCAUCUCAUGUCGCCAACAGACUCGUUAGGAGUUACCCAGAAUACAAGAUUGUUGUCCUUGACAAGCUUGAUUAUUGCUCAAACCUCAAAAAUUUACGGCCUUCUCAAUCAUCCCCUAAUUUUAAAUUUGUCAAAGGGGACAUUGCUAGUGCUGAUCUUGUUAACUAUCUUCUGAUUACUGAGUCUAUUGAUACUAUUAUGCACUUCGCAGCACAAACCCAUGUUGAUAAUUCCUUCGGCAAUAGUUUUGAGUUUACUAAGAAUAACAUUUAUGGAACACAUGUUCUUCUAGAAGCAUGUAAGGUCACCGGGCAAAUUAGGAGAUUUAUUCAUGUAAGUACUGACGAGGUCUAUGGGGAAACAGAUGAGGAUGCCGUUGUGGGUAAUCAUGAAGCUUCUCAGCUUCUCCCAACAAACCCAUACUCAGCUACAAAGGCUGGUGCUGAGAUGCUUGUCAUGGCUUAUGGCAGAUCAUAUGGUUUGCCUGUUAUUACAACCCGAGGAAACAAUGUGUAUGGACCUAACCAAUUUCCAGAGAAGUUGAUCCCAAAGUUCAUUCUUUUGGCCAUGAGGGGCAAGCAACUUCCAAUUCACGGUGAUGGAUCUAAUGUGAGAAGUUAUUUGUACUGUGAGGAUGUUGCAGAGGCUUUUGAGGUCAUUCUCCAUAAGGGAGAAGUAGGUCAUGUGUACAACAUUGGGACGAAAAAGGAAAGAAGAGUGAUUGAUGUGGCCAGGGAUGUAUGUAAACUAUUCAAUAUGGACCCUGAAGUAAGCAUCAAGUUUGUUGAGAACCGUCCUUUUAACGAUCAGAGAUACUUCCUAGAUGAUGAAAAGCUCAAGAUCUUAGGGUGGUCAGAGCGCACCACAUGGGAAGAGGGGCUGAAGAAGACAAUGGAAUGGUAUACCAAGAAUCCGGAUUGGUGGGGUGAUGUCUCAGGAGCAUUGCUUCCUCAUCCAAGAAUGCUGAUGAUGCCUGGUGGGAUCGAAAGGCAUUUUGAGGAACCCGACAAUGAGACUGCUACUUCAGAAAUCCGCAACACCCAACCUCAGAUUGCGGUACCUAUUUCUCGAAAGAGCAAUACUUCUCAGAAGCCAACUUACAAGUUCUUGAUAUAUGGUAGAACUGGUUGGAUUGGUGGUUUACUUGGCCAGUUGUGUGAAAAGCAAGGUAUUGCUUUUGAGUAUGGGAAGGGACGCUUGGAAGAUAGAGUGUCGCUUAUUGCUGAUAUCCAGAAUGUUAAGCCUACCCAUGUUUUCAAUGCUGCUGGUGUCACCGGUAGACCUAAUGUUGACUGGUGUGAGUCUCAUAAAGCAGAGACCAUUCGUGCCAAUGUUGCCGGUACUUUGAGUUUAGCUGAUGUCUGCAAAGAGCAUGGGCUUCUUAUGAUGAAUUUUGCCACUGGUUGCAUCUUUGAGUAUGAUAAUGCACAUCCUUUGGGCUCUGGUAUUGGCUUCAAGGAGGAGGACAAACCCAACUUCACUGGCUCAUUUUACUCCAAAACGAAGGCCAUGGUGGAAGAGCUGUUAAAAGAUUAUGAUAAUGUCUGCACCCUCAGGGUCAGGAUGCCUAUAUCUUCAGAUCUCAACAACCCAAGAAACUUCAUCACAAAGAUUUCUCGUUACAAUAAGGUCGUUAACAUUCCCAACAGCAUGACAGUUCUCGAUGAGCUUCUACCCAUUUCCAUUGAGAUGGCAAAGCGGAAUCUGAGGGGCAUUUGGAACUUCACAAACCCAGGUGUGGUUAGCCAUAAUGAGAUUCUGGAAAUGUACAAGAACUACAUGGACCCAGAUUUCAAAUGGGCAAACUUCACACUAGAAGAGCAAGCCAAAGUUAUUGUUGCUCCAAGAAGUAACAAUGAGAUGGAUGCUACCAAAUUGAAAACAGAAUUCCCAGAAUUACUGCAUAUUAAGGAUUCACUAAUCAAGUAUGUUUUCGAGCCAAACAAGAAGACAAACUACUCUGCUUAAGAAUCACCCUUUCUGCAUAAUUUAGAGAUGAUACAGUUGUCAUAGUUGCAAUUUAAUUUAUUUUUACCAGUAGCUGAUAUUUGAUAUCUUAAUAGAAUUUUGGCAAACAUUCAUUAUUAGCUUCAUAUUGUGUUUUUCCUUAUACCUAGACUAGAUCUGCACUAUAAUUAUUCUGUUAGGUGUUCAAAUUUUCCAUUUUUUCCUUUUAAUUGUUUACUUGUGUUUUUCCUUGCUCUUUCUGUUCCAUAGAGCACGAAAAAAGAUUACUUGUUACACAUAAACAUUUCUUUUUCUUUUUCC